CCUCCUCCUCCUCUAUUAUAUCACCGUCUCCCUUCUCCCUCGAUUCUUCCUCUAACCGUCAAAAAGACAUUUCUCCAAUUUUGUAAUUGAGAACUAAAUUAGGGUUCCGAUGAAGUUCGGGAAGAGCCUGAGCAGUCAGAUAGAGGAAACCCUACCCGAGUGGAGAGACAAGUUCCUCUCCUACAAAGACCUCAAGAAGAAGCUCAAGCUCAUCGCCGCCGGCGGUGAUCGUCCGGCGAAGCGCGCCAAGACCGCAGCCGGCGGUGGCUACGAGGUCACGAGGGAGGAGGAGGAGUUUCUGGGGUCACUUGAGGACGAGCUUGAGAAGUUCAACGUGUUCUUUGUUGAGAAGGAGGAGGAAUACAUCAUUCGGCAAAAGGAGCUGCAGGAGCUGGUGGCGAUGGCGAUUCGAGAAUCGAAGGAGGAGCUGAUGAAGGUGAGAAAGGAGAUUGUUGACUUCCAUGGGGAGAUGGUUCUUCUUGAGAACUACAGUGCUCUCAAUUAUACUGGUCUGGUGAAGAUUUUAAAGAAGUACGACAAGAGAACCGGUGCACUGAUUAGGCUACCCUUCAUCCAAAAGGUUCUUCAGCAGCCAUUUUUCAUCACUGAUCUUCUAUACAAGCUUGUGAAAGAAUGCGAAUCCAUGCUGGAUCACCUCUUCUCUAUAAACGAACCUUCAAGCUCUCCCAAACACGAAGAAGAAGAUGAAGGCAACAACAGUGGCGAGAAUCCAUCAAAGCCACCAAGAUCCUCAUUGGUCAGUGAAGAGUUCCCAGAUCUCGAUGAGAUCGAGUACAUGGAAAGCUUAUACAUGAAGAGCACAGUCUCGGCCUUGAGAGUCUUGAAGGAGAUUAGAAGCGGAAGUUCAACAGUUAGCGUGUUUUCUCUGCCUCCAUUGAAGACCAGUAAAGCUGAGGAGAGAAUUUGGGAUAAAGUCCCUGUGGUAGAACAACUUGCAAAGUAACCAUGUGAAAGAUUUGCCUUGCGAUUUGUCAUCAAGUCUCCUGUAUCCAAUCGCAACUAAGUUGCUGAUAUUGUAGAAAGGGUACUGAUGCUAUUUUCUUUUUUGUUGUUGUUUACGGUUAUAUCUCACGUUUUACUUGUAUUCGGAUGUACACUAUCAAAAUCUUAAUAUAACUAUCACAUGCACUUUUGAUCUUUAAAAUUUGAAUGGCUAA